AAUUUUGGGAAUGAAUCAUAGAGGCGUUGGCUUUCUAAAAUCACUCAUCUCUCUCCUCUCACUUCCCCCUUCUUCCGCACUUCCGAUCCCUCCACCUCUUUCAUCCCACUGUGUUCCGCACUGCUCGCAGACCCUCGCACUACACAAGGUCUGCGUCAUGCUAGCAUCCCAUUAGCUUAAAGGGUGUGAGAGUGCGACGAUAGAACCCAUGGGGACUGAAAAUCCUGCUCAACAGAAUUUUCCUGCUAGACCUGCCGGCACACCUUUUACUGCCACUCAGACCACGUCACCCUUUUCAUCCUCUGGUCCUGUUGUUGGAUCAGACGCCACUCGUUUUAGACCCGCCUCUCCUGCUAUGCCACCAUACACAAUGCCUUUUCCUCCAUCCUCUGCUCCUGCGGUUGGAUCAGGGGUCCCUGGGUUUAGACCUAUGCAACCAAGUAGGUUUUCUGAUCCAUCUGUUCCACCACCUCCAACAUCAAGCGUUCCAGCAACUACUGAAUCUUUCCAGCGUUUCCCAGCUCCACAGUUCACUUCACCAUCUCAACCACCUCCUUCGCGAAUACCACCAAUGGGGCAAACCCCUGCAGCUUAUGCGCCACCUCCUCCAGUUUCCUUUCACCCGCAUACUCAGAUUCCUUCAGUGCCUAUGGGAUCUCCUCCUCAAAGCUUAGGUCCUCCUCCUGCCCAUGUUCCGCAGCCUAUGUCAGAUCCAUCUUUUCCAUCAGCAAAGCCUAAUUUUCCGCCCUCUUUGCCUGGUUAUGUCCAUAAGCAGCCUAAUGCAGAUUUGCAGUCCCAACCUCCUCUUGUUAGUCACCAAGGGCAGUAUGUUCCUCCUUCAGCACCUGCUUCCCCUUUCCUUAGUCACCAAGGAGGUUAUGUUCCCCCUCCUGCUGCUGCAGCCUCACAAGGUUUGCUGUCUACAGACCAAAAGCACUAUCCAGGCACUGGACUGCCUCUUGGUUCCAUUCAAGGAUUAGCCGAAGAUUUCAACUCGCUUUCUAUUGGAUCUAUUCCUGGAUCAAUUGAAGCAGGAGUCGAUCCAAAAGCCCUUCCAAGGCCAUUGAAUAGUGAUGAAGAGCCUAAAUUUGUUUCCGAGAUGUAUCCCAUGAACUGCGAUCUAAGAUAUUUACGUUUCACAACCAGUGCUAUACCCAGUUCCCAGUCACUAGUCUCAAGGUGGCAUUUACCUCUCGGAGCAAUUGUUUGUCCACUUGCAGAAGCUCCUAUUGGGGAAGAAGUGCCCGUUGUCAAUUUUGCUUCAACUGGCGUCAUCCGCUGUAGGAGGUGUCGCACUUAUAUAAAUCCAUAUGCCACAUUCACAGAUGCAGGAAGAAAGUGGCGCUGCAACAUUUGUUCUUUGCUGAAUGAUGUUCCAGGAGACUAUUUUGCCCAUUUGGAUGGCACUGGCCAGAGAAUUGAUUUGGAUCAGCGACCCGAGCUCACUAAGGGUAGUGUGGAUUUUGUUGCUCCAACCGAGUAUAUGGUUCGGCCACCUAUGCCUCCACUAUACUUUUUCCUUAUCGAUGUUUCUAUAUCUGCUGUUAGAAGUGGGAUGUUAGAGGUCGUGGCACAAACAAUUAGGUCGUGCUUGGAUGAGCUGCCUGGUUCUACUAGAACACAAAUAGGUUUUGCGACUUUUGACAGCACAAUACAUUUUUAUAAUAUGAAGUCGACUUUGACUCAGCCGCAAAUGAUGGUGGUUUCCGAUCUGGACGACGUAUUUGUACCUUUGCCAGAUGAUCUCCUUGUCAACUUAUCUGAAUCAAGAACUGUGGUUGAGUCAUUCCUAGAUAGCUUGCCGUCUAUGUUUCAGGACAAUGUGAAUGUUGAAUCUGCCUUUGGCCCGGCCCUUAAAGGAGCAUUUAUGGUUAUGAGCCAACUGGGGGGGAAGCUGUUAAUUUUUCAAAACACACUUCCAUCUCUUGGUGUUGGCCGCUUGAAGUUGCGUGGAGAUGAUCUUCGUGUUUAUGGAACAGACAAAGAACACUUACUAAGACUGCCAGAGGAUCCAUUCUACAAACAAAUGGCUGCUGAAUUUACCAAGUUCCAAAUUGGGGUGAAUGUUUAUGCAUUUAGUGACAAGUAUACAGAUAUUGCUUCCUUGGGGACUCUGGCGAAAUACACUGGAGGUCAGGUGUAUUAUUAUCCAGGCUUCCAAUCUUCCAAUCAUGGAGAAAAGUUGAGACACGAACUAGCAAGGGAUUUGACUAGAGAAACUGCCUGGGAAGCUGUGAUGCGUAUAAGAUGCGGAAAAGGAAUCCGCUUUACAUCGUUUCACGGAAAUUUUAUGUUAAGAAGCACCGAUUUAUUGGCACUUCCAGCUGUAGAUUGUGAUAAAGCGUUUGCAAUGCAAAUUUCUUAUGAAGAGACCUUACUCACAACUCAGACAGUGUACUUCCAAGUUGCGUUGCUAUAUACUGCUUCUUGUGGAGAGAGGCGUAUUAGAGUGCAUACAGCAGCAGCACCUGUGGUUACAGAUCUGGGUGAGAUGUACCGCCAGGCUGAUGUUGGUGCCAUUGUUUCCUUGUUUAGUAGGCUAGCAAUUGAGAAAACACUGUCCCAUAAGCUGGAUGAUGCACGCACUUCAGUUCAACAAAGAAUCGUUAAAGCUUUGAGAGAGUACCGUAACCUCUAUGCUGUACAGCAUCGCUUGGGAGGCAGAAUGAUAUACCCAGAGUCUCUUAAGUUUUUGCCUUUAUAUGGAUUAGCAUUGUGCAAAUCAAUACCUCUUCGAGGGGGUUAUGCUGAUGCUGUGCUUGAUGAGCGAUGUGCAUUAGGCCUCACAAUGAUGAUUCUUCCUGUUAAAAACCUAUUGAAGCUUUUAUACCCCUCAUUAAUUCGACUUGAUGAGUAUCUAUUGGAGGCAUCUCCCGCUCAGACUAUAAACCUUAAUAGCAUAGAGAAAAGGUUGCCACUGACUGCUGAUAGCUUAGAUUCCAGAGGCCUGUACUUGUAUGACGACGGGUUUCGCUUUAUUGUUUGGUUUGGUAGAGUGCUUUCACCUGAUGUGUCUAUGAAUUUACUUGGAGCAGACUUUGCAGCAGAAUUAUCUAAGAUUUCACAUUGGUGGGAGAUGGGAACGAAACAUUCUUUACAAGGGUGUNUAAUGUCAAGAAAACUAUUUGAGACGCUCCAGAAACUUAGAGAAAGUGAUGCUUCAUACUAUCAGCUAUCUCAUCUUGUUAGACAAGGUGAACAACCUAGAGAAGGCUUCCUCCUCCUAGCAAAUCUUGUUGAGGACCAAGUGGGUGGCACGAAUAGUUAUGUUGAUUGGCUUCUACAAUUACAUCGGCAAGUUCAGCAAAAUGCUUAGUACAAGGAUAGAAUUUGGCAUAAGAAGCGUGUUGUCUCGAAAAACAAUGGAAGAUUUUACUGGACGCCAUGAGAUGAAUUUAGCUUCGACAACGGGCUCCAGGAAGCAAUGUGGAUUUGGAUUCGGCUGCUUCAUAAAUUUGUUGCCAGAUAGAUUAUCUGUCUUUUAACAAUAAUUUUUGCCCUUCUUGAGAGGUUGUCACUGUUAUAGGGAUAUAUACAUAAGAUGUUAUUUUAUUUUUCUUAAUAUAUUGUGUUGUCUAUAUGUCACCCCUAGAUUUGGGUAGAAUUGUUGCAAGAACAUUGGCCAUUUAUUUGGAUUUUGUUUGGUUAUUCAACUUUGAUUUUGGCAUGGUUUUUCUUGAGGUGGGUGGUUGUUUGAAGGAAGCUUUGUAAUUUUACAACUUGAUCUAGAAAUUAUAUAUUGUUCAUUCUUUU